AUGUCUUUGCCUAGCGGAAACACCCAGACCUGUGGUCUCCUCAAGGUCCCUCCAGAGAUCCUCGACAGAAUAACGUGGCAUCUCACCACGACCGAGUACUGCAACCUGCGCCUGGCAAGCAAGGCCAUCGAACAGGCCGUCUUCUUCAAAUUCACCUCCGAGUUCUUCACGCGGAAACAGUUCAUGGUCUCCGAGUUUAGCCUCAGAGCGCUCAUAGACAUCUCCAAGAGCCGCCUGGCGGGAUGCUUGCGCCACGUUCACUUGGGGCUUGAUCAGCUUGCCCCAGCGAGGGGUUUCGCGGAUACGGAUUUACAGGAGACUAUCGAGGCCAUGCGCAUGCACCUGUUGCGCUUGACUGAGCAGGAGACUCUUUGGACGCUUGGCCUGGUCCCCAAGUACUUGGCUGAGGCUUUUGCCCACCUCCCCAAGCUGGAGACUUGCGUUAUCCGUGAUUUCAACUCCUCCAGAAGAUCUCGGGAUGGCCCCUUUUGCCAGUGGCGGAGCUACGGCAGCCCAACCCUGUACAAAGAAACCAAGAUGCACCCUAUGCCUCAGCUAGGGUACCCGGACUAUGUAGACCGCCUGUUCAAGGCCGUCGUCCACGGGCUGGCCAUGGCGCAAGCCAGGCCAACAGCCAUUGAAGUGAUGGAGAGACAUGACCACCUGCUACAUGACUCUGCGUUCCAUAUCCACCCGGAUUCUGAAGCCGCCGUCGCGCCUGUUCUCGGACGACUCAAAAGGCUGCACCUCUCCCUUGACAAGGCCCGGACCCCCAUCCACCUGGCACGUCCUUCACAAGCAUAUCACCAUACCCAUCUGGCCAGGUUCCUGAGGGGUUGCGAGGACUUGGAGGAGCUCCGAAUCAACGGAAGGCGUGACUUUGACACCAGGGGCGAGAGCAGCACUCAGCGUCACCUGUUCGACUGGCUCGCAACGAAGCCUCAGACAAAGGCCUCGGCGUCAUCGUUGGCUGGCGGAGAAUCAACUGGUCAAUUGCCGCAGGAUCCAGCACUGCCUGGCAAUGACAGUACUGUUCCCCCCGCCGCAAAGCUCGCGCGAUUAAAGAUCCUCAGCCUGGGGAUGACGACCUUUACCGUCGAGAAUCUCGUGCGUCUGAUUGCCAGGUUUGCCGACACGCUCGAGAGCCUCGACCUAUGGAGGAUUGAUGUCGUGUCUGAAAACAAGGCAGACGACGAUUUGCUAGCGGAGAAUGGGACUAUUUUGUACGCUCGCCUCCUGCGGGAGCUGCUCAACCUUCCAAACCUGAAUCUACGGCAUAUCAAGCUGGGCAAGGUCCAUCAGAGACUGCAUCCCACCCGCAACGCGCCGAUCACGCAGGAAAUCAAGUUCAAGCCUGAAGCGAGCACGCGCGACGAAGAUGUGGACAAGGGGCUUGUGCGAGGGGCAUUUGAAUUGGAAUAUACGGGCUCAGACUGGAGGCAUUUUGUUUCCCACGAGAUGAUACCUCGGUUGUACACGUUUCGGAGUAAAGUGCCAUCACAGGAGGAGAUGGAGCUGGAUAUAGAUGAGCGCGAUGAGGAAGGCGAGGAUGAUAAUGAGGACGAUGAUGAUGACGAGGACAAUGACGAAUGA